AUGUCAUCAGCAUUCAAUUCAACCCAACUUUUCAACGGCACAACGCUUGAACCUGCCUUCGUUGAGCUUGGCGUAAAUGUAUUCCGGAUAAUUUACUUCGCACUUAUUCUAUUACUUGGUGUUCCCGGUAACUCUCUCAUCCUCCGCGUGUACUGGACCAAGACUCUGAAGACAAGCACCCACGUUUUCAUCAUGACAUUGGCCUGGGCUGAUCUUGCCGUCUGCCUUAUCAAAGUAGUUAACAUUCCAUACCGAGUUUUACUCAUGAUGGGACACGAAAUACCCGCUGUUAUACGUCUUUUGUUGGCGUUAGAACCGACUGCCAUUGGUACCUCCAUUAUGAUAACGGCAGUGAUUGCAGUAGAUCGCUACGACUGCGUCUGCCGUCCACAUCGGCGGUUCUUCACUCACAGACGGGGUAAGAUAGCAGCCUGGGCAUCGUUCUUGUUCUCAGUUCUGAUAAAUAUUCCAGAGUAUGUUGGAGUAUUCUCAUCCAUUCCUAUAUUGACCAUAAUAUUGGCAUGUCAUGCUAUAAUCUGUGUAACUACGCUCGUGAUGGUCGCCGUGUUCUACAGCUUAGUUUACAAAGCAAUCAGGCAACAUGUGAAAGUUGGGGCCAGUUCGUUGAGAACCCGUCGCAACGACUGUUCGACAAUUUGCCCUUCUACUGUUGUAGUUCCGGAGACUAGCUCUAUCGACGAUGGAUCAAAACCAAGUACUUCUAAGGUUCGGAAGGAAGUCUGGGUUGCAUCUGUACCAACUCAAGCUGCUUCAUCAGCAAAGCAAAUUCUUGCAACGGAUCUACAGACACGAUCUUCACUUGAUAUCGAGUCAGGGUUGGAGGCAAACCGUCAAAGAACACACCCCGAACACCCAUCCAACGUUAGUCAACUUCAGCGUAAGACAACAAAGAUGCUAUUUGUGACAAGUGUGUUUUUCUUCAUGACAUGGAUGCCAUAUUGGAUCUUCAUCUUUAUGCUCUUUGUGACAAGUGUGAUCAUCUUCAUGAAAUGGCUGCCAUAUUGGAUCUUUGUCACAGUAAGUUUUGCCUCAAAGGACGGCCUGAACAUCGAUCCUACAUUCUUGCAAGUACUGACUGACAUGUUUCUCAUUUUAUACAUUAACCACGUCGUCAACCCAUUCAUCUACGGAGUUGCAAACAGACGGUUCAGGAAAGACUGCAGAAAAGUGAUUCGCAAAUUCAAACUCUGUCAACAUUUGAAUUUCUCCUACACUUGA